CCCUCCCCACCCGUGGAGCCUUCCAGAAGUCGCCGGUAGACUCGUGCGGCUUUCAGUUCAGCCACACUCCAGGUUUCCAUCGUAAAAACUCUUUAUUUUAUCAGUUGGACACUUUCAAAGUGUCCUUAUCCCUCAGUCAACAUGUCCUCUUUUGGGCAACUGGCUUUCGAUGAUUAUGGGAGGCCUUUCAUCAUCAUUAAAGACCAGGACACGAAGACACGGUUAACGGGCAUUGACGCACUGAAGUCUCAUAUUAUGGCAGGCAAGGCAGUUGCGUCAACGCUUAGGACAUCUUUGGGACCUAACGGUCUUGACAAGAUGAUGGUUGACAGGGAUGGAGAGGUGACUGUCACCAACGAUGGAGCCACUAUUCUCAGCAUGAUGGAUGUGGACCACCAGAUUGCCAAGCUUAUGGUGGAACUCUCCAAGUCCCAGGAUGAUGAGAUUGGAGAUGGAACCACUGGAGUUGUCGUGCUGGCUGGGGCUCUGCUGGAGCAGGCGGAGCAGCUGCUGGACCGUGGAAUCCACCCCAUCAGGGUCUCUGACGGUUAUGACCAGGCCGCACGCAUUGCCAUCGAAGAGCUUGACAGAAUUGCUGAAACCCUACUGUGCGAUCCCAACAACACAGAACCGCUCAUUGAGACCGCCAUGACAACACUGGGAUCCAAAAUUAUCAACCGGUGUCACAGACAGAUGGCAGAGAUUGCAGUGAAUGCCAUCCUCACUGUGGCCGACAUGGAGAGAAAGGACGUAGACUUUGAGCUCAUCAAGAUGGAGGGAAAAGUGGGAGGCAAGCUGGAGGACACACAGCUCAUCAAGGGAGUCAUAGUUGACAAAGAGUUUAGCCACCCUCAGAUGCCCAAGGUCCUGAAAGAUGUUAAAAUGGCUAUCCUUACCUGCCCAUUUGAGCCACCUAAGCCGAAGACCAAACAUAAGUUGGAUGUGACCUGUGUGGAGGACUACAAAGCUCUUCAGAAAUAUGAAAAGGACAAGUUUGAAGAGAUGAUCAAACAGAUCAAAAGCAAUGGUGCCAACCUGGCCAUUUGCCAGUGGGGCUUUGAUGAUGAAGCCAACCACCUUCUGCUGCAGAAUGAGCUGCCAGCCGUGCGCUGGGUCGGAGGGCCUGAGAUCGAGUUGAUUGCCAUAGCCACAGGAGGCCGCAUCGUGCCAAGGUUCUCUGAGUUGACACCAGAGAAGCUCGGCACAGCCGGUGUGGUGAAGGAGAUCACCUUUGGCACUACAAAGGAUCGCAUGUUGGUUAUCCAGGAGUGCAAAAACACCAGGGCCGUGACAAUUUUCAUCCGCGGAGGCAACAAAAUGAUCGUUGAAGAGGCCAAGCGCGCUCUCCAUGAUGCUUUGUGUGUAAUUCGCAAUCUGGUCAGAGACAACCGUAUUGUGUAUGGAGGAGGAGCUUCAGAGAUUGCAUGUGCUCUGGCUGUCAACCAGGCUGCAGAGAAGUGCCCAUCAUUGGAGCAGUAUGCCAUGAGGUCGUUUGCUGAUGCUCUGGAGGUAAUCCCCAUGGCGCUGGCUGAGAACAGUGGCUAUAACCCAAUCCAGACCAUGACAGAGGUCCGAGCCAGACAGGUCAAAGAGAACAACCCCUUCCUCGGCAUCGACUGUCUGCGCAACAACACCAAUGACAUGAAGCAGCAACAUGUGGUUGAGACCCUGAUUGGCAAGAAACAGCAGAUCUCGCUGGCUACUCAGGUAGUCAAGAUGAUCCUAAAGAUCGACGACAUCCGAAGCCCAGGAGAGAGCGAGGACUGAAGGCCUCCUGGAACACUUAAAGAUUUCGGGGCUGUUCUAGAGGUUAAGGCACUUCCCGAGCACCACGUCCAAACCGCACUGCAUAUUGCUAUUUAUCAUUUGAUACAAAAUGUUCAAGCUGUUGUAGUAUCAAAGUCACCAUUAAAAUGUUGGUCCGUUGACA